CUCGGACAGACGCCGCGGCCAUCCGUCAGACGCCCGCUGCUGUCGACCGUCCAUGACAGACGGUUUCUCUGAAUAACUGGCGAUGGAUGGCCAGGUUUCUUCAGAGCUGAAAGUUGUGCAGGAGGUUGAAGAAGGAGACGUCAUUUCUGUCGGCUCCAUCAAGUAUAGUGAGAAGAAACUACUGGGAAAAGGAAGCUAUGGGACGGCUGUUUAUCAGGGACGGUUCGGUACGCGGGAAAAUGUGGCUGUGAAACGUAUCUUCUACAUCGAUGAAAAACAAGAACGCUGGAUUGAAAAAGAAAUCAAGCAUCUCCAAAAACUUGAAGAGGAUGGCAUCAAUGUCAUUAGGUACUACCACGUGGAAAAGUCAAAAAGAUUCUACUUCAUCGCUAUGGAGCUGGCAGCCGGCACAGUGGAAGACUACGUGGAAAGGAAGCAGCACACUUCAGAGAUUGAUGAAAUGGCCAUCCUCCGAGACUCGUCCAUUGCACUUGAAUGGCUACACGGCCAGACUAUAAUUCAUAGGGACAUCAAACCAUCGAACAUUUUGCUGGUUAAAAACAAGAGAGGUGAAACCCUGGCUAAACUCGCCGACUUUGGCGUAUCCAAGGACCUGACAACAAGUGGAUGGACAAUGACUGGUCACCACGGUACUCAGGGAUGGAUAGCCCCUGAGGUGAUCGCGGGCGAGCAGGAAACGCCUGGUGCAGCGGACGUGUUUGCCCUCGGCUUGGUCUUCUUCUACGUCCUCUCCAAAGGAAGUCAUCCAUUUUUCAAAACUGCACGGGACAUGAAGAUGAACAGUCGAGCUGAAAAGGCGUGCCUGGAAACUUUACAAGAGGGAUCAGGGAAGACGCUGAUCGCAGAAAUGAUACGGCAACUACCAAAAGAUAGACCAUCAAGCAAGUACGUGGCUAACCAUCCGACCUUUUGGAACGAGGAGAAGAGGAACAACUUCAUCCAGGCCAUUAGUGACCUCAUCACGGCAAAAGACGAAGAGCUGAAAACGGCUGUCAAUGAAGAUCCCACUCGGGUUUUCGAGGAGGACCAAGGCAAACCCAAGGACUGGAGGGAAGUAAUCGACCGCUCACUGGACAAAGGCUCCUUCAAGAGCUACAAGGAGACCACAUCUGAGCUGCUUCGGUUGGUUCGAAAUAAGGUGAGGGUCGGAGACACGCAAAUCUCCUGACUUUUUUAUUUUAGUCGCAUGACGCUAAUUACUACCACGAUUCACAACAUGAUGUACCGUAAAGUGGGGCUAUUUGAGACAAUGGGGCUAUUUGAAACAGUACUGUAGUGGUUU